AUAUUUCUACUUUUGAACCUUAAAAGAGGAAAAUUAUAAGAAAAUAAUGUCAAACAAGUCCCCUGUUUUCUCCAUUGCAGAAUCUCAACAUUUCAAUGACGACAACUAUGGCUUCGACCCUCAAAUUGAUUAUUUCCAGAUUUUGAAAGAAGCAAGGAAGAUUAAAAAACACAGCCACCGGCAAAAAUGGUGGAAAAAUGCUCUAUUCUUCAUAAAGUGGAAAAACACUAACGCCGGUGAUCUCAACUCCGGCAGCUUCCGCCGCCGGCGUUCUGUUUCCGGCGGAACAACUUAUGGGCCAGUGUAUGUUACUGAGAGUAGAACUGGGUCGAGCUCUCCUUGCUGGAAAACUCGCCGGCGGUCUUCGGGCCGACUCGCCGGAAUUAUGAUUCCGAGCAAGAAAAGUGAUUUGAAGAUACCAUAUAUUAAUCUUAAGGAGUUCAACGUGGAUCGGCAGGAUCGAAUUUCGAGAAUUUCACCUGCUCCCAUUUACUUGGUCACAUGA